CAAAUUGAGACUGUGAAGUGGCAGCAUUGUGACUGAACCACAGACAAGAGCAGACCAGACGAGCUGAGGACGUGUGAAUAGUAUGCAAGUUCAUUAUCAGCUGACAGAAGGGCUGAACAUGUGAAAAAAGGGGAGGGUGAGCAAGACAGUUGCAUAGACAGACAGAGGACAGACGCACUUUAUUGUUGCAUGUUGAGGGGAUAAACUACAUCAAUGAAGACACGGGGCAUGGCGGUAUUCAAGCAACAGAAAGUGGAGGAUUUCUACGACAUUGGAGAAGAGCUUGGAAGUGGGCAGUUUGCCAUUGUGAAGCGCUGCAUAGAGAAGAGCACAGGCAACGAAUACGCAGCAAAGUUCAUCAAGAAGCGCCAGAGUCGGGCCAGCCGGCGUGGUGUGAGGAGAGAGGAGAUCGAGAGGGAAGUGGACAUCCUGCAGCAGAUCCAGCACCCCAACAUUGUAGCGCUGCAUGACGUGUACGAGAACCGCACAGACGUGGUGCUGGUCCUCGAACUAGUUUCUGGAGGAGAACUUUUUGACUUCCUGGCUCAGAAGGAGUCUCUAAGUGAAGAGGAGGCCACUCAGUUUAUCAAACAGAUCCUCGCUGGAGUCCAGUAUCUGCACUCCAAAAGGAUUGCACACUUUGAUCUCAAGCCUGAAAAUAUAAUGCUGCUGGAUAAGAAUGUCCCGCUGCCACGUAUCAAACUCAUAGACUUUGGUCUAGCACAUAAAAUUGAAGCUGGCGCUGACUUCAAAAACAUUUUUGGAACCCCUGAAUUUGUCGCUCCAGAGAUAGUCAACUAUGAGCCACUGGGAUUGGAGGCAGACAUGUGGAGCAUCGGAGUCAUCACAUAUAUACUCUUGAGUGGUGCUUCACCUUUCCUUGGUGACACGAAGCAGGAAACACUGGGAAACAUCUCAGCGAUGAACUAUGAGUUUGACGAAGAGUUCUUCAGCAGUACAAGUGAGCUGGCAAAGAGUUUUAUCAGACAACUCCUGGAAAAAGACACAAGAAAAAGACUGACCAUACAAGAUGCCCUCAACCAUCCUUGGAUAAAGCCCUUGAAUCCCAGACAGGCCAUGGUGAAGAGGUUGUCAGUGGUCAACUUGGAGAACUUCAGGAGACAGUACGCCAGACGCAGGUGGAAGCUGUCAUUCAGAAUUGUGUCUCUCUGCAACCACUUAACACGUAUGAUGAAGAAGGGCAACAAGCUGCCCACUCUUGACGGGAGGGAUUGCGAAAGUGACCAAGAGGAAGACGAAAUCUUGAGGAGAAGACCGCGGACCAGAAAGAGAAGCAGCACUUCCUGAAAGCACUCAACACUGUCAAGUGUGUUGGUAGAGGAUGUGGCUGUUCAAAAAACUAUGACAAUGCACUUACAGGCACAUUUUACAGCUUUUGCUUGUGAUAAAGAUUAGGCCAUUAUUUUGAGCAUGCAGUAAAUACAGCAGUCUAAGUGGUCAAGGCAGGUUGUUUGUCCUGGCGACCCGGGACACCAACAGAUCAUUUCUUGUCUGUUACAUAGCAUUCUGGAAGUAUUUCCUGGUAACGCAAAUUGCCAUUCCUUAAAAAGAUUAUUUCCUGCAUACAAAGAUAACAUGCCGGGACUAUAAAGUUGACAGGGAUUGAGAAGCAGAUAAUAUUAGAGUGUACAAAAAAAAUGAAUGGAGUCAGCUUCCUCUUUCAACUAUGAGCAUAGAUGUCCCUUCACUAGUAUUGGGCAGUUGAGUACUGACAGUCAGAAUCCUUUUGCUGUGCAGGCUGCACACACCACAGUGGGUUUAUAAGACAUGUAUUCCCAUAAAUUGUGCCAGACAAAGUGAUUGUUGCAAAUGAACAGUUCUGCAGGAAGACUAGAUGGUAGUCGAUCUUAAAUGUUUACACAUUGUCCUGCUUAACUCAGCAGUGCCUGUGCAAACAUGCUGUUUACAGUUCUUCAUUUGCCAAAUCAAAUAUAACCUGAAACUUACACGCUACAGUAUGCGCCAGGUUAUCUGUUUAUGCAAUUUCUCAUUGUAAAAUGGGACCAAUGAAUUUGGUUCAUCUUCGAAAAUAGUCUAUAUUUUAAAGCAAAAUUAACCCUUGAGAUUUUUUAUUUUUAUUUAAUUGAUAGAUCUUGCUAUAUUUUGAGGUAUUUAUGUGUAAAUAUAACAUUCAGUCAGUGUCUUAAUUUCAGUUUUACUCGUGUCUUAGCUCACCAGAUGGAGCAUUGACUGUUUUAAGCAAGAAUGCUAUAUUUCCGUUCAAAUGUAUGUAUUGUAAAUUUAAGUUUUGUUAAAUGACUUAAUGAAUAAACAUGUUAAAACCCAA